UAGGGCAGUCACACAUCGAUUGGUUCCUAGAUAAUAGAUCGUGCCACCCGGUGAGAACCUCUGGGGACAAGCAGGGAGCUGGAAGAGUCGCACGCAGCAGCCCAGCCCGGAGUUAAUCAAACUAGCAACAGGAUCUCAGGCAGCAGCAGCAGCAGCAGCAGGAGCGACAGUGGUGGCAAGAGUGGUGGCGGCGGCGGCGGCAGCAGCAGCAGUAUGCGUGAUUACUGACAGGCACCAGCUGCCGCCGCCACAGCCUCUCAACGCACUAUGUGGACUCUCGGAUCUAGAGGCAGAUUCCUGACUAAUCCCAGAGGGCUGGCCCAGCCUGUGCUCCCCGGGCUGCUAGCAAGCGAUGACCACUUUUGUUAGCCCAAGUUGAAGAAAGCCGGGCUGUGCCUGGGAGCCAGAGAGGCCGUACAAUUCCGAAGACGCACGGGAGAGGACUAUGAACUGAAGAGCCAACAUGUAUGGAAAUUAUUCCCACUUCAUGAAGUUUCCCACAGGCUUUGGCGGCACACCGGGCCACACUGGUUCCACGUCCAUGAGCCCGUCAGCAGCCUUGUCCACAGGGAAGCCAAUGGAUGGCCACCCCAGCUACACGGACACCCCAGUGAGUGCCCCAAGGACCCUGAGUGCAGUGGGGACGCCCCUCAAUGCCCUGGGCUCUCCAUACAGAGUCAUCACUUCUGCCAUGGGCCCACCCUCAGGAGCGCUGGCAGCCCCACCGGGAAUCAAUUUGGUUGUCCCACCCAGCUCUCAGCUAAAUGUGGUCAACAGCGUCAGCAGUUCGGAGGACAUCAAACCCUUACCAGGGCUUCCUGGGCUGGGAAACAUGAACUACUCAUCCACCAGCCCCGGGUCUCUGGUUAAACACAUCUGUGCCAUCUGUGGGGACAGAUCCUCAGGAAAGCACUACGGGGUGUACAGCUGUGAAGGCUGCAAAGGGUUCUUCAAGAGGACCAUAAGGAAAGACCUCAUCUACACAUGUCGGGAUAAUAAAGACUGUCUCAUCGACAAGCGUCAGCGCAACCGCUGCCAGUACUGUCGCUAUCAGAAGUGCCUUGUCAUGGGCAUGAAGAGGGAAGCUGUGCAAGAGGAAAGGCAGAGGAGCCGGGAGAGAGCCGAGAGCGAAGCAGAAUGUGCCAGUAGUAGCCAUGAAGACAUGCCCGUGGAGAGGAUUCUGGAAGCUGAACUUGCUGUGGAACCAAAAACAGAAUCUUAUGGGGACAUGAACAUGGAGAACUCGACAAACGACCCUGUUACCAACAUAUGCCAUGCUGCUGAUAAGCAACUUUUCACCCUUGUGGAAUGGGCCAAGCGCAUUCCCCACUUCUCCGACCUCACCUUGGAGGACCAGGUCAUUUUGCUGCGGGCAGGAUCAUUUGAAGCAGUGCCUAAUUAUUGUAAGGAAAUUGGCAAAUGGAGAUUUUCCCACUUCACAGGGUGGAAUGAAUUGCUGAUCGCCUCCUUCUCCCAUCGCUCAGUUUCCGUGCAGGAUGGAAUUCUGCUGGCCACAGGUCUCCAUGUCCACCGGAGCAGUGCUCAUAGUGCUGGUGUUGGCUCCAUUUUUGACAGAGUUCUAACUGAGCUGGUUUCCAAAAUGAAAGACAUGCAGAUGGAUAAAUCAGAGCUGGGGUGCCUGCGAGCCAUCGUACUGUUUAACCCAGAUGCCAAGGGUCUGUCCAACCCCUCAGAGGUGGAGACUCUGCGGGAGAAGGUUUAUGCCACACUUGAGGCCUACACCAAGCAGAAGUAUCCCGAACAACCCGGCAGGUUUGCCAAGCUGCUGCUGCGUCUCCCAGCUCUGCGCUCCAUCGGCCUGAAAUGCCUGGAGCACCUCUUCUUCUUCAAGCUCAUUGGGGACACCCCCAUCGACACCUUCCUCAUGGAGAUGCUGGAGACCCCACUGCAGAUCACCUGAGCUCCACCAGUCACAGCCUCCCCACCCAGGAUGACCCCUGGGCAUGUGUGUGUGUAGCCCCAGCCUGCACACUUCCCCUCACCCUGCCCUCUUCCUCUUCCCAAAAUGUGAUGCUUAUAAUAAAGAAACCCUUUCCACACACAAGACUUUUAUAGGUGGAGUUUUGUAUAGAUGUGAAAGGUAACCCUUUGCUAGCUGAGGUCUUUCUGGAAGUCCUUGGGAAAAGUAACCAAGCCUCUGUACAUAUAAUUGGUUUAAAUUAUUUUUUCACUUGCCAUGAAAAGCAAACAAACAAAAAAUAAAAGAAUAAAUGUGAUAUUGGCACUGCUUGGAGCUUGGGGUGUGUUAUUGUGCUGUAGGAAGUUCUGUCCAGUGUAGGAGGGGUACAAGAGUGGAGGUAGGGCGGUGAUAGGGCUGGGCUCCUGAGACAGUACACCCCCCAGCUGCAGCCUGAGUCUUUGCUGGGCUCCAGGCACAUCCAGUUUCGCCUCAAAGUGUCCCCUGGGCAGACGGAGAAGGGACUGCCUUUCAAAGGCAGUUGGGCUUCUUUUCAUUUCUUCCCCUUCUAAGAAUAAUGAGCAGAAAAGGCCUUGUUCUGAUUGGGGGCAAUUAAGUACCAGCACAGCCUGUCCUGCCUUGUCCAACAAAUCACACAAAGAAUCAAAGUUCCUGGUUUCUAGUUUUGGUUUAACACUUUUAUUUAGGUUGUAUCUUCAUCAGUCAAAUGGGAAUAAAACAGCCUGUGUGCACGCUGUGAGGACCACACAUGCUCGGGGGGAACGUAGAGCUGUAGACCUGCAUCCUCAGCCAGACUGGAGCAAGCUAGCUCAGGGAAGUGUCAUAGUUACAGACGAGGGCUCAGAGCAGCCUAGCUGGCCCUGAUUAAAAAGCCAUCCAAUUGCAGAGGAACACUGGGCCACUGACUUAACCUCUCACAUCUUACUCUUCGGCUCUGAAAAUUGGAAAUAAACACAGUGCUUAUUCUUAGGGCUCGUUGAGAGAAUUAGAAGAGCUUAUCUAUGAUAGAUCACAAGACCAUGCCCAGCAUGUGAAAAGCUCUCAAUUAAUUUUAGUACAGUAUCUAUUGUUAUUUUCUACUGGAUUUCUUAUCCUGAAUAGAAGUCCUAGAGUCCAUGAAAAAGCCUUUUCCCUAGAGCUAACUUGUUUGCUCCCCACCCUGCCCUGAUAAUUCCCCACAAAAGAGCCUCAAUCCGCCAUAGUUACAAUUCAUCAGAAAUUUGGUCCCUUACUUCUUCAGGUGUUGGGUGUGGAAAUUAAGUAGGUAGCUUCACAACACACUUUGUCCACUGUUGGGGAAGAUUAAAAGAUACGCUUGCACAAUAAACACUUACUGGCCUUCACCAUUCCUUUUCAAUCAGUCAGGAAAAUUA